UCCGGCAGUGGAGCUCAUAUUUACCUCACAGUACAGCUCCUAAUCCCAUCAUGGCCGAGCUACUGCCCGGAUAUUCCCCGAGCUUCAAGAAACCCUCGGAGAUUCUCCGAUUAAGUAGACGGAGGAGCAGGAGCGAGGCUUCCAAGACCGGCCUUUCUCCGUUUUCCCCGGGGGAUGUGAUUAAGAGAGUCCCCGGGCUGCGGCCUUUCUCCCCUGGGCCGAACAAGGGAGCCGGUGUAAAGCGGCGGAACCCAUUUGCCAGCCUAGAGAAUACGGUGUGUAGUCCUGUCAAGCGCCGAGCGGAGACUGUAGCGGAAUAUGGAGCCUCUUCCCUCGAGCCCCGGGCACUUUCAGCUGUGCGGCCCUCCUGCUUGGGACAGGACAGCCCGGAGCCCCCGCAGUUUAAUUCAGUUGAAGAUGUGAUUUGGGGAGAUCCUCUUGCCGCUGAUGCCGAUCCACUUGUAAAGACCGAAUCCCCCGAGAAGCCAGCUCCAGCCUGUGAGAUACCUAAGGGAUCCGUGACUUUUCCUGCUGACUGGAGUUUAAAGACCCGCUUGCUGUUCACAUCGUCUCAUUCAUUUAGUUGGGCCGAUCACCUAAAAGCCCAAGAAGAAGCACAAGGCCUAGUAAUGCAGUGCCGUGCCACCGCAGUCAAUCUGCCGCAUAGUAUUCAGGAGCCAAAGUUAUCCACAGACCUACGAUGUGCCUUUCAGCAAAGUCUUGUGCACUGGAUUCAUCCGUCGCUUCCUUGGGUACAGCUUUUUCCAAGGAUUGGGGUAGAUCGCAAGAUGGCCGGCAAAAACACUCCUUGGUCUCAGGAUGAAUCAUUGCAGCAAGUCCUAAUGAGUGAAUGGGCUCUGAGUUUUACGUCCUUGUAUAAUUUACUGAAAGCCAAACUGUGUCCAUAUUUCUAUGUGUGUACGUAUCAGUUCACCGUGUUGUUCCGUGCGGCCGGGCUUGCAGGAAGUGAUGUCAUUACUGCGGUCAUGUCGCCCACAACUAGAGGUUUAAGGGAAGCCAUGAAAAAUGAAGGAAUCACUUUCUCCCAGCCACUAGUAGAAGAUGAUACUGGCAAAAAGCAAAAGAAACCGGAAGCAGCUUCACAAGGAGACCUAAAUCCUGAGAAAGAAAAUGGCACAGCAGAAACAGAUGAGGCAUCGGAUGAAAGCGAUGAAGAUGAAAGCUUCUCUUGGCUAGAAGAGAUGGGAGUUGAAGAUAAAAUUAAAAAGCCAGAUUCAAUAUCUAUUAAACUCCGUAAAGAGAAGAAUGAAGUGAAACUAGACCAUAAGCCUGAAUCCGUUGUAUUGGUGAAAGGUACAAACACGUUCACUUUACUGAACUUCCUCAUAAACUGUAAGAGUAUUGUCGCUGCUGCUGGUCUCCAAGCCGGGCUUCCUCCCACUCUGCUGUCUCCAGUCGCAUUCCGAGGAGCAACAAUGCACGCGCUUAAGGCAAGGAGUGUGAAUGUGAAGACUCGGGUGAACUCUGGUUAUAAGGAUCAGUUUAGUCUGGAGAUAACUGGCCCUAUUAUGCCCCAUUCACUGCACUCUCUGACGAUGUUACUUCAGUCUGCACAAAGAGGGAGCUUUUCUGCAGGACUCUAUACUCAUGAGCCAACUGCAGUUUUUAAUACUCCCAUCCACUCUCAAGCUGUGACGGAGAUUUCUGCAGAUCUGCAAAACUGUGGCCUUCACCCAUGUACAGUAGAACAGCUCACCCAAGUGAAUGAACUGGGAAAGCUCUCUCUGCGCCACCUUGAAAUGACAGACUACAGGUACACCUGGAAAUGACAGAUUACAGGUACACCCGGAAAUGACCAGGUACACCCGGAAAUGACCAGGUACACCCGGAAAUGACCAGGUACACCCGGAAAUGACCAGGUACACCCGGAAAUGACCACAUACAUCCAGAAAUCUUAAGACAAUUUGGCUUCAGUCACAGAGAAGCACUGCCAGUCUCUAUAUUCUCCUAUGAGGAAUUAUUUUAUAUUUAUCCAGUUGUGGGUUUCCCACUGACCCUGCACUGUGUAAGAUCUGUUCAUUGCCAGAAUCAACUAGCGAUGUGAAUGUGUUUAGCAGAAUGCUGUGUAUCACUAAUUACACUUAACUGCUCUUCAUUCUCAUUAGUGUUUUUCUAAUUAAAUUACAUUUCCUUAUUUAAUCACUGAUAAAAAUUGCAAUGUGUGAUUAGAUAAACAAUGCUUUAUUACCUGAACUCAUUUACAUAGGUGCAAAUCACUUGUCUGUGAAUGUUUAUUCCCCAUGAAUUGGAUUAUUAGAACUAUGUAUAUAAAAAUCUAGACAAGGGUUUUAUUUUAUUUUAAUCACCAGCCCCCUCAGAGCAAAAAUAAUGGCAAAAGUAGAAAUCUUUUCAUGGCCACUAGACAACUCCUUCAGUUAUGAUAUAAAGUAUUAGUCCCCAUUAGGCUCAACGCUGCCCUUGUAUCUGCUUUAGGGAAACCCUGAAUAAACAUGGAAAUAAAACUAGUGGAAAUAACAAACAUUGCCCUUUAGAUAUGAUUGUGUGUCUUGUGUAAGGAAAAAAUGAUAAUAUUAUUCAUCCUCAUCAAAUGUCUAAUUUAGACUCUAUCUACACUGCCAUGUGUCUUUACACAGUCACUUUGGGAGGAGCUUUUUAUAAAUGUUGUAAUGAAACCGGUGCAAAUAAACGUGAAUGAUCUUUUUAUGUCA